AUGGCUGGAGCGCGCAGGCUGUUCUGUCUGUGGCUGGGCUGCUUCUGUGUGAGCCUAGCGCACGGAGAGAUACUAAAGAAGCAUUUCCCCGAGCUCCGCAAGGCUCUGCCCGGCCACCGUGCGGCAGGUUGUGGCCCCGGCCCCGAGCUGCAGCCACGCGACAAGGUGUCGGAGCACAUGCUGCGGCUCUAUGACAGGUACAGCGGUGGCGGCAGGACCGAGGCGGCGCGGAUGCCAGGCCCCCGCGAGUGGGGUUCCCGGUCCCCGCGCCCCCAGCCCCUGCACGAAGGGAAUACAAUUCGCAGCUAUCGAGGCGGAGCAGCAGGAACCCUCGAAAGCAAGGGAUUGCAUAUUUUCAACCUGACUUCUCUAACCAAGUCUGAAAACAUUUUGUCUGCCACACUGUAUUUCUACAUUGGAGAGCUAAUGAACAUCAGCCUGAGUAGUCCAACAACCAGAGGAUGCUCACAUCACGCUCACAGGAAACACAUUCAGAUUAAUCUCUCCACAUGGAUCCUCCAAUCCAACAGAAACCAAAGUCGACUCCUGGGUCAUCUUUCCGUAAAUAUAGCCAAACCUCAUGGAGACACCAUGACCUGGCUGUCUAAAGACAUCACUCAACUCCUGAGGAAGGCCAAGGAAAAUGAGGAGUUCCUCAUAGGAAUUAACAUUACCUCCAGAGGACACCAGCUGCCAAAGAGGAUAUCACCCUUUCCUGAGCCUUAUAUGUUGGUGUAUGCCAAUGAUGCUGCCAUUUCUGAGCCAGACAGUGUGGUAUCACACUUACAGGGACACCGGGAGUUCCCCACUGGGGCUUUGCCCCAACUGGAUAGCCACAUCAGGGCUGCCCUUUCUAUAGAACGGAGGAAGAAACGCUCCACCGGGGUCCUGCUGCCUCUGCAGAGCAAUGAGCUUCCUGGGGCAGAAUAUCAGUAUAAGGAGGAUGGGGUCUGGGAGGAGACAAAGUCUUACAAGACCCUUCAAACUCAGCCUCCCGAGAAGAGUAAGACCAAAAAGAAACAGAGAAAGGGACCUCACCAGAAAAGCCAAACACUCCAGUUUGAUGAGCACACCCUGAAGAAGGCAAGAAGAAAGCAGUGGAUUGAACCUCGGAAUUGUGCCAGGCGAUACCUCAAAGUUGACUUUGCAGAUAUUGGCUGGAGUGAAUGGAUUAUCUCUCCCAAGUCGUUUGAUGCCUAUUAUUGUUCUGGAGCGUGCCAGUUCCCCAUGCCAAAGUCUUUGAAGCCGUCAAAUCAUGCUACCAUCCAGAGUAUAGUGAGAGCGGUGGGAGUUGUUCCUGGGAUUCCUGAGCCUUGCUGUGUGCCGGAAAAGAUGUCCUCACUCAGUAUCUUAUUCUUCGAUGAAAAUAAGAAUGUGGUGCUGAAAGUAUAUCCUAACAUGACAGUAGAGUCUUGUGCUUGCAGAUAACCUUACAGAGAACUCAUCUGAAGGCUUAAUUCAAUCAUUAUUUUUAUGGACUUUUUUCUUUUUUUUUUUUUAGUCUAAAGAGAAUGAGCAAUAGACUGAAGAUUUCCACCAAGGAG